AUGGACAAGCACCGCCGCGAUGACUCUCCCUCCGGCCUAUCAGACAUUGUCGAGCGUGACGGGCUCCUGGGAACCGGCAUUACCUCUCGGCAUAUCGAGGCCUUCGGGAGAAAGGUCACAUCAACUGCUGGGCACUUGAUGGGCCCCUCCGGCGAUCCCACCACCAACCCCCAUCUUCAAAACGCCAUGGUAGAUAUCCAGCGCGAGCUGCGACGCCCCGGUACGCAGCGCAAAGUAUUCGCCCUCACACAAACGACCCCGACCGACCUCGUUCGCUCCAAGUUGUCGACCACCGAAAUCCAAUCUCGCGCACUCUCCUCUCUGCCCGACGAUCUCCUUGAGAACAUCCCUGACGACUCUAGCAACUACUCGCUUUUCCAAGGCUUUCAGGUCACGCAGGAUGACCAGGAAUAUAGGAAGACACAUCGCAGGGGGCGAUCGAAGUCGAAGAAGUUGUUGAAAGAUAAAGAGGGCGACACGCAGGCCCUUCCGUCCACUUCGAGUGACUUGAGGAAGGAGCGGGACCUGCUGAAUCGACGGAUGGAUCUAAUGGGCGUUCGGAAGAACAUGUGCAGCUCCGAGAUUUUUGACAUUGACAAUAAGAUUGCGAACUUUCAUCGAAUGCGUCAGAUCGUCUUGGACCGCUUGGCUGGGCUAGAGAUGGAGGAGGCGGAGCUCGAGCACGAAGUUAAUGAGCUUGACAAUAAAUUGGAGGAUAUGGAAGAGGAAUCUGUGCAGGCUGCACAAAACGAGGCUCCCACACCGGCGCCUGAGGGCAAUGAAGAACCCGGUUCCUCGGAGGAUCAGGCCAUGGAUGCGUCGUUCAUGUCGGAAUCAAUAUACCAGAAAAUACCUUCACCACGGAGUCUAAAACACCGAUCAAUACGGAAACGAUCUAUGCCGGUUCUGCACGAGCAUUUCGCGCCGGGCUCUGAGAUAAAGGAAAUGCAAGCGCAUAACGAUGUCGUCACGGCUAUUGAUUUUGAUUAUCCGUUUGGCACCAUGAUCACAGCCGCAUUGGACGACACUGUCCGGGUUUGGGAUCUCAAUGUCGGCCGCUGUACAGGAUUCUUAGAAGGACACAACGCCUCUGUCCGGUGCCUUCAGAUUGAGGAAAAUGUUGUUGCGACCGGUUCCAUGGAUGCUUCUGUGAAGCUCUGGGACUUGAGCCGUGCCCGGACUGCUCAUACAAAUAACCGCGUCAACGGUAACGGCGAAGGAGACGAUGCCGACGAUGCCACGGUCGUUUCCCAAUCGACUACUUUGGAGGAUUGUCAUGCCUACUCCUUGGAUGCACAUGUGGGUGAAGUGACGGCACUGCACUUCAAGGGAAAUACGUUAGUAUCCGGAUCUGCCGACAAGACACUGCGGCAAUGGGAUCUGGUGAAGGGCCGCUGCGUGCAGACACUGGAUGUUCUUUGGGCCGCUGCCCAGGCAGAUUCAAUUGGAGGCGACUCGCAGUGGCGCCCGUCUGGACGUUUACCGGACGCUUCUGCAGAUUUUGUGGGAGCCGUGCAAUGCUUCGAUGCGGCUCUAGCUUGUGGUACUGCUGAUGGCAUGGUCCGCCUGUGGGAUUUGCGCAGCGGGCAAGUGCACCGAAGCCUCGUAGGACACACUGGCCCAGUGACGUGCCUGCAGUUUGACGAUGUACACUUGGUGACAGGAAGCAUGGACCGCAGUAUCAGAAUAUGGGAUCUUCGUAUGGGAUCGAUUUACGAUGCCUAUGGUUACGAUAAGCCGAUCACCAGCAUGAUGUUUGACACAAAGCGGAUCGCCGCCGCGGCUGGGGAGAAUGUCGCCAAGGUCUACGACAAGGCCGAUGGCCACCACUGGGAUUGCGGUGCUGGAGUUGGUACGGAUGGAUCAGUACCAGGUCCUGCAACUGUCGAGCGUGUCCGACUCAAGGAUGGGUUCCUUAUCGAAGGCCGCAAGGAUGGAAUCGUUGCGGCCUGGACUUGUUAG